GAACUGCCUUGUCACGCGGGGUUAGUAAAAGUUGGGAUCGGAGCUCCAGGGAGAGAGGCAGAGAAACAGACAGGAGGGAGAGGGGAAACGUACAAUUACACGGGUGUUUCUGCAGCCUUACAGAGAGCGUUAAACAAGAGGGAAACGCGGGUUUAUUGUUAAGCUUUGCGUGGAAGACAGAAGAAAGCAGACACGGAGAGGCAGAGGGGGCAGGCGGCUCUCUCUGAAAGUUCAAGCCAGAAUUUCGCUCGUUAACUGCCGGAGGAAGAGACAGACAGAGAGAAAGAAAGAGAAGAGCCCUGUGAGCUGUUGUGUGUGUUUUUUUUUUUUUUUUUUUUUUGGAUUUCGAGUUUAAAACGAGAGCGCGCGUGUUACAGAAAGCUGAGUUAAAUGAACAAAAGUUUAAAGUUUUGGCGCCGUGGCAGUCGGUAAAUGUUGUGACAUUUUCGGACGGCGCAAAUUGCUCCCAGCGGUCGUCGACGGUCGAGUGGUGGAGGGGGUGAGAACCCCAGCUGUCAAACCCGAUGACUACUGCAAACUGCCCCGGCAAUGAGGAGCUGGACUUCAGACUGAUUUUCGGAGAGGACGGGCAGCAGCAGCCUUUAGGCCCCGCAGAUCUGGAGCCUGAUGACAACACAUCAUUCUACAUCCUAAAUAUGGGCCAGCCCCAGGCUAUGGUCACGAACCACCAGUCUAUUGGCUUGCCUCGUCAUGGCAUGCACACCCAUCCUCAGGUCAUCAGCACUUCACCGCGACUUCCAUCACACAAAAUAGGAACUGAUCUCCUAAGUUACGAGGCACAAGGCUCUAAGUAUGGCACCUCACCGUUGCUGCCCUCUGCUCCUGUGGAGGCACCAAAAGCCUUUGAGUGCCCCAGUAUCCAGAUCACCUCCAUCUCCCCUAGUUGCCAGCAAGAGCUAGAUGCCAGUGAGGGGGAGCUGACAGCCAAUGGUCCUGAUGGGGAUUACCACGGCGACAGACCCUUGUCCAGAGACCAUCUAUAUUUGCCACUGGACCACUCAUACAGGGACUCUUCGCUCAGCCCUAGCCCCUGCAGCAGCCUCUCCUCUAGGAGCUGGUUCUCUGAUGCUUCAUCUUGUGAAUCGUUUUCACAUGUCUAUGACGAUGUUGACUCAGAGCUGAAUGAAGCAGCUGCAAGGUUUAGUCUGGGCUCCCCUCUGACUUCUCCAGUUUGUGUGUCACCGCAGGCUGUUGGGGGAGUUCUAGAGGAGCAGUCCCCAUGGCAGCACCAUCAUCCCCCCUUUGUGCAUCACUCUCACUCCACUCUUUCUCCUCGACAGUCCCCCUGCCAUUCACCACGCAAUAGCGUCACUGAUGAAAAUUGGCUUAGUCCACGGUCUCCUUCCAGGCCCUCUUCGCGACCAACCUCACCCUGCGGGAAAAGGCGACACUCCAGUGCCGACAUUUGCUAUCCCGGUUCCCUGUCUCCUCAUCACUCACCUACACCCACGCCAGGACAUUCCCCCAGGGGGAGCGUGACAGAGGACACAUGGGCUGGGAGUCCCACUAUAGGCAUGUCAGCUUUUCAAUGCUGCCCAUCUGAGACAGACAUCCCAUCAAAGACAAGGAAGACCUCACAGGACAGAACAUCUCUGCAGACAGGGAAAGGAGAGCUGGCAUUAGAUGACCAGGAAAAUCUGUCUUCUAACCUUGAUUCUCCUCCAGACGACACGCUGCACAGCAUGAAGAAAGAUGGGCCUGCAGAACAGUUUCUGUCUGUGCCCUCGCACUUCUCAUGGAAUAAACCCAAGCCUGGUCAUACACCUAUUUUCAGGACAACCUCACUCCCUCCUUUAGACUGGCCGUUACCCAGCCAAUUUGGCCAGUAUGAGCUGAAGAUAGAGGUGCAACCCAAAGCCCACCACCGUGCACACUAUGAGACUGAAGGCAGCCGAGGAGCUGUCAAAGCAGCAUCUGGUGGCCAUCCAAUUGUCAAGCUCACUGGCUACAAUGACAAGCCUGUGAAUCUGCAGAUGUUUAUAGGAACCGCAGACGACCGCUACUUGAGGCCACAUGCCUUUUACCAGGUGCAUCGGAUCACCGGGAAGACUGUAGCAACGGCCAGCCAAGAAAUCCUGCUUUCCAGCACCAAAGUUCUUGAAAUCCCUCUGCUUCCUGAAAACGGCAUGUCAGCCAGUAUUGACUGUGCUGGCAUACUGAAGCUGCGGAACUCGGACAUCGAGCUGCGGAAGGGGGAGACGGAUAUAGGACGAAAAAACACACGGGUCCGCGUGGUUUUCCGAGUGCACAUCCCUCAACCCAACGGGAAAGUGUUGUCCCUGCAAGCUGCCUCUAUUCCUGUGGAGUGCUCCCAGCGUUCAGCUCAGGAGCUGCCGCAGGUUGAGAAGUCCAGCCUCACCAGCUGUCUGGUCAGUGGGGGUGAGGAGAUGGUGAUCACUGGUUCCAACUUCUUCCCAGAGUCCAAGGUUAUCUUCCUGGAGAAAGGCCCUGAUGGACGACCACAAUGGGAAGUUGAAGCAAAAAUAAUUCGUGAGAAAACCCAAGGUUCAUGCAUUGUCGUGGAAAUCCCUCCAUACCACAGUAAGACUGUGACUUCAGCUGUACAGGUGCAGUUUUAUGUCUGCAAUGGAAAACGGAAAAGGAGCCAAUCACAACGCUUCACCUACCUUUCAGUGAUGGUGAAACAGGAACACAGAGACGAGCUGGACCUCACUGCCGUUCCUCCCAUUUCCAUGCCCUUGGCACAUGCUCCCAGUCUGGUGCACCCUCAGCUGCCUUCUCCUGAUCAGGGCCACCCAUCGGACAACCUUAUGUCCAGCUCUCUUCACAGCCUGGCCACGGGCUCCGGACCUGGCCUGCUACCUCUGCCGGGCCCCUGUUCCUCCCUGAGCUCCCCGCCUUUCCAGCACCUGCCUCACCUCCAGGGUCACAGUUUGCACCACCCCCCUGCAGACUGCCACAUGACGUUCCACCAAGGCUCUGCUCCCGCUCCUCCCCGGCCCACCUACCAGCCUUUGCAGCACAGUCCGAGUCACAACCUGUCCUUCAAUGGCCAGCCCAGCCUUUCUUCUCAGAGCUACGAGAGGAUGCCCUUUCAGCAGAGCCCCACUGCGGCGUCACACCCAAUAGGCCUGGGAAUAGUUUACUCAUCCAGUUGCUCCUCACCGUCUGCCCUUUCAUCCUCACCCACCAACCCCAUUGUUGGAUCCCCUCAGAACCAUCAGCCUAUGCUGUCCCCCUCAUCCCCACACCUCCACACACUCGGAGGCUUCCACUGCUCUCCGAAUCCUAGCCAGGUUCCGUCUCAGGGAGGCCACCCCCUAAGUGGGCAGCACUCCUCGCAGCUGCAGAGAGGUCUGGGAUACCACCCAGUAAGCCAAAGGUCAGCUUCUUGUCCCACACCGUCCACUGCCCCCCAACAACGGAUGAUCCCCUCUCCUCAUUCUGGACCUUCUUCUCCUCAAGUCCACCCUUUGCCCUACCAGUCUCCCCCUUCAUCCUCCCCCACUUCAGCUGGGAGUCCUCUGGGGCCCCUGCAGCAGCAUUCAGGACAGCCGUCUCCACAGGCCACGAGUCCAGUCAUGACCAGCCUGUCCCCUGCAGCUGUGGGGCCACUGGUUCAUCCGCUAAGUCCUCAGGGGCCAUUUCCCUCUGAAGGGGAGAGGCUGAAUAUUAAGCAAGAACCGGAGGAGAGGGAGCCCACCUUCCGCUCCAUCGGCCUACAGGAUAUCACUCUGGAUGACGUAAAUGAGAUCAUCGGCAGAGACAUGUCCCAGUCCCCCAGCGCUCACGGCCCUCAGUCGGCGCACAACCAUUCGUAGCUCAGAUCUUUGCCUGAACCGUCACACGGUCUUUUUUUUUUUUUUUUUUUUUUUUGUGGCUCACGCAGCAUCACCUCCAGCUGUUAAACCCUGCAAAUGCUGACCUGGUGGAAGAAGACUGAAGACUGUGGUGAAGGGCAAAGCCACGUUUCUCUGUUUUCAGCCAUGAGAUCUCUGUUAUAGAUGGAAAAACACACAACUUCACACAGAUGCAGAGCAGAGCCAUGCUCAGGACAGAGCAGACAUGCAGAGCGGGAGCAGUUUUUUUUUUGCUCUUCACAGCUGUGUGUAGGCUUGUGUUUGAACAUCUGUCCAUUCGCAGCUCUGCCGUCUUCCUGAUGGUCCGCUUGAAGUUUUCAAUCCUCUUCUCACCAGCAUCAACUCGUGAAUUAAAGAUGCAGCUCAAAGCUGUGUUGCAGGGAUCCAGGGCUGUGCAUCCCACUUCUUCAGAAGAUUUUUUUUUUAAUCUGCGCAAACGUGGACACUUGCUAACGUCACUUAAAGAGAGAAAGAAAUUUGAGACUUGAUUUGCCAUACAAUUAAUUCAAAUCAAACCUUCCAGUAGUGUUAAGAAGAAGUUUCCUCCUAAAAGACGAAUAUGGUCACAGUGUUGGAGUUCAGCAGCUUGUUUUCCUUCUGCAAAAUGCAACAUUCCACAUACUUGCAGCUGUGUAGGUAUCUGUACAGUAAUGAACCCCGUUUCUUCCGUUAGAGCUCUGUUUUUCCUUUGCUUCUUUGAACAAAUGCCUUAUUAAUGUUUAGCAAAUCUGAACUGUAGCACAAGCUUUUCUUUUUUUUUCUCACCAGACUUUAAGACUGAAGAGUGCUUGUUUUAGAAACAGAUGUGCUUCUUUUGGAUUUAUAAUUUCACAGUAAGAUUAUUUAGUGUUUUACUUUUUUUUGACAAUUCAUAGAGGGUUUCUAGUUGGUCCUCAGAAAUGGAGCUCUCUGCCACUAAAACUAUUUUCCUCUCAAAUGUGCCUUUGAUUUCCUAACGCACCAUGCUUUCAAAUGACAGCUGACUCAGGCUUCGAUGGAAAAUGUUCUGACAAAAAUUGUGAAAGUAUUUUAUAUAUAAAGUGGUCUGUAUGUUGUAUUUAUGUAAUGUCCUCAUUUGUAAAGAACAAUGAAAAAUCCUAGAAUCCAGACAGCAAAAUCUGGACAUUUUGGGGUCUUCCAAACCUUUUCUGCUUGCAACAAUCGACGUCUGCUGUCUACAAUCAGAGUUCUCUUAAAUUGUUUCCAGAAUGCUCAAUGAUUUGUUCCUGUAUUUUUCCCCCGGCUCGCGCAAAUGUGCAGUGGCUGCACUGCAGCAAUAAGUCAUCCUCCAGGGAAGAGCAGACUGACUGAUCCAGGUGCUGGUUUGAUGAUUUCCACUGACUUUUAUUUUUUUGCCUUAAGAUUGAUGGUGGUUUGAAGUCAUUUUCCAGGUGAAAAUUAUUCUGCUAUGCAUUGAUAUUCUGCUUAAUGCCUUUAAAAAUAACAAAAAAAGACAAAAAAAAAUUACCUUGAUGCCUCUAGAAGUAGAUUGUAGACUCAGUAGACUCAUAGAUGCUUGAAUGGAGGACACAGCAUAAGCAUCUUAAUUCAGUUGUAUUUGAGGAUGGAUGGUAGCUGCUUGAACCAAAUUUCUUGUAUAUAUGACAACUUUUCAACAACAAAAGCACACAGGUUUAGGCUAUGCACACAACAGCAGCAAAUGAGAGGUAAAGGUCUUGUAAAGAAUGUUUUUGGACUUCACGUAGAAGAACAGAAACUCUCAGAAGAGAAUAUCAUGUCGCAUGAACUAUGUAGGAUGCCUUAACUCCUCUUUGUGAACCAGUUGGUUUGAGUUUUUCCCCCUUUUCUUCUCCAAAAUGACAGAGACUGAUCAAUAACAGUUAUCAAUGUUGUACAUUUCAGGUUCACAGGGUCAACCAAACAGGGUGGGUGGGAGAACAGAGAAAUGUUUGCAUUAAAGUCAAUUUUGCAGCUUGAGAGACCGGAGUCCACAACACAAACGAAACAAAACCAGCAUCGACAAUAAACUGAACUCCGGCUGCUGUCCUUUUCUGCCACAACCAAAGAUCGAACAAUUUGUUCCUACUUUAGAUAAGGCUGCAAAGACUGUACAACUCUAUUUUUGAUACUUUCAAAUGGAUAUGGAUGUCAUUCCUAAGAGGUUAAGGACAUUAACAGGUGUCUGUUGAAACGAUAUAUAUAUAAAUAUAUCAAAUAUAUUUAUAUAUAUAUACACAACUUUGUAAAAUAAAAGGGAAAUACAGGUUUUAGCUGAUGUUUACCAAGCCUUGUAUUGUCAUUUCUUGUAUAUUUUGUAUGUUAAAUGUUUUGUAAUUUUUAAGACUGCAGUGCUUUUUUUCUGAAAUUAUUCAAAGGGAAUGAUACCUUGCAUCAUACUGUAGGCUCUAACGUAGUGUAUCUCAAUAAAACUGAAAACUCA